UCUGGGGUGGGAAGGAGAUGUCCUUGUAUAUACCUUUUUAGAUAGAAAUUUUCCCUGUGCCUGCAUUUAAAAAUAAAAAUAAAAACAAAAUUGGCUUAAUAAAAGGCGGAGUGGUAGCCAGGGACCGAAACUGUCUAUUAAUCAAAUAAAAUUGAAUUUAAAAAAAAUGAGAAUUACAGCUCAUGCAUUCAUGGGAAUUUUUAAAUCCCUGUUUUAAUUUUUCCCUCAACUAUUUUACCAUGUCAGGUACAUAUAUCAAUCCUGUAUUUAAUCAAGACUCCCUUUUAGAGUGGUGAAAUAGAAGUUUUUAAAUUCCCUCAAGAAGUAAAUCCUUACCUGGUUAAGCUUUCAUGUUACACAAUGUUUAUAUUUAGUUACCAGCUCUUCUUAACAAAAGACUGUUAUUGAAAAGGCCCCUUAGCACCCACUUUUUCAAACUUGCCAUAACGUUUGAAAAGAAAAAAAUGUCCAGAAUGUAUUUUGCAUGUUACUUAGAUUGUAUAGACAGGAAACUAGAUAUAAAGUCCUUAUGUUUUUGGCUCGUGUACAACUAUAAACCAAAUCUGCAAAUUAACUGUGAAGAGAACUAAAGAAACCAAUAAAAUUCAAAUUAGUACCAUUAUUCAGUGUGGUGGCUGAUGUUUAGUUUUCAAGGCCUUUGGUCUGAUUCCAUAUGAAAUCUGUUUUCUGUGUUUGAACUUCAGUGAGUAAAACCUGCAAGUGCUUGUUCUCUUUGGUGAUGUUGUGCAGGAUGGCAUUCAUGACCUCAAGACUUUGUUUUAAGUUCAGGAUUAUCCGACCUCAUACCUAUCCCAAACACUUGCCAGUAGGUGUUCCUCAAAUAUCAAUUUUAAUGAGAUGUCAUUGGUCUUGUUCACUUGAAAAUCUUCAUUAAAUGGUUUCUAAACCACUUAUUACUGGAACUGAGAAUGGAGAAAAGUCAUUGCGUAUUUACAACCAAUGAACUUUUGCAAACUGUACUACAAAGCCUGGACCCAGAUAAUUUUUAUGGCACAUAUAUGGUAUUUGCUCUUAGGCCAUUGUCUUUUGAAUAUACCAUGCCUAUAUUCAAAAGACAAUGGCCAUGUGCUCUGACGAGUCAAGAUCCCUUUAUUUUUCACUCCUUCAAUACUUACUGUGAAACCUUUGCUUGAACAGUGCCAUGAGGACAUUUGGCCUGAAGGAGAUCUGAAAAAGCAUCAGUGAAAGCAUAGCGAUUGUACCCGUUUAGACCACGGUUAUUCAUGAUGCAGAAUUUUUAUCAUUGUUUUUAGAUUACCUUGUAAAUGGAAAUAGGUUUUCAAUCUUAUAGAUGGCAUUUAGACUCCCCUUACUCUCCCAAUAUAUUUGAGACUUUCUGUUUGGGAGACAUUGCUUUAGCAAAUAUUUUUGUGAUCGCUAUCUUGGGGCCUAGGAUUCAAAGAUGGAAAAACAAAAUAGAACAAAUUGGCCCUUUGUAACUGAGGGACAUUUUAACAAAAAAGUACAAACAGCUUCAUCUGUGCUAUCCUAAAGGUAGGCACAGAGGGAACACAUUGAAAGGAGCGACUAGGUGUCUUGACGGUAAGGGAGAGGUCUAGAGCACAUCACUGGAAGAAUCCUGUUUGAAUUGGAUGAGGGGCAGAUGAGAGAGAGGAGGCUUAGUGAGGGCAGAUUCGGCAGAACGAGAGUAUGUGUGACGAGCAAGGCCAUGAAAGACACCGUGACCAACGUGGUGAGAAGCAUGUGGCCCUGGGAUAGCAUUGGCAGUGUGAGAGGUAAAUUGGAACCAGUAGUAAAAAUCUGUUCGGCCAGAUGUUUAGCCCUUAUCUUCUGUACUCCAGGGGGGUCUUGAAGGUCUUAGAACUAGGGGAGUAUUUUUACAUCACCACAUUGUAUUAUAAUGUUCUCCACUAGACGUCAAGGCUCUUCAAGGGCUGGGGCUGGGUUAUUAAUCUUUGUAUCUUUAACUUUUGGUAGUAACUGAUAGAGUUAAUGCUUAGAAAACACUGGUUUACUUUCAAAUCUUGAGUAGAGGACUCAGGAGAGAAUGAAGACAGUUUCAUGUGGUGGUGGUUUUAAUCUGUGGGUCACAGACCCCUUUGUGGUUCUGUUGAAAAUGUAUUUACAUGUAACAUUUGGCCUACAGCUUCAUGGGAUUCAUGUACCUCUGAAGUCAGUCAAUCCAUGGAUUCCCGGUUCAGAAAUCCUCCUUAGGAGAUUAUCCCCAGGGCGCCCCAAAUCACCCCCAGACCUCACCUUGAAUAACAACUGUCUCUUUUAACAGGCCUUUAAAUAUUAGAUUAUGGUCGGGUCUCUCUCUUGUACUCUUCCUGAGUUCCCUUCAUGCUUGGGAGGGAUCAAAUCAAGUAGCUGAAUUAUCUAUGAUGAAAGAAAAAAAAAAAAGGUUAAGGUAAAACUCUCCUGGUUUGUAAAGAUAAUCAACAGGUGUGCUCAUAAACAACCAAGAAGCUGCCACUUGAGGAGAACCUGAUGUUCCUGAGUUUGAGUUUAGCAAACAAGUCAGGGGGUCCCCUAGACCACCUUCUGGCUUGGUGAUUGCAGGACUCACAAGAUUCAGAAAAGCUAUUAUACUCAUCGUUACAGUAUAUUACAGCAGAGAGAAACAGAUUAAAAUCAGCAAAAGGAAAAGACGCAUGGACAAAGUCUAGGAGAAAACAAUCACAAGCUUCCUGUUGUCUUCUUCCAGAAGAGUCAGUUUUACAGUUGUGCUUAAUUCUCUCAGCAACAAAGAGAAGUGCUGUUGAACGAGGAAGCUCACCCGAGCCUUUGGGACCAGGGUUUUAUUGGGGUCAGCCACUUUAGGCAGGCAGUGUCGACGUGACUGACCUCAGCUACUGAGACUGUGGCUACUCAGUGCAAAAACAGGCAUUCCGCAUAAAUCACAUUGUUAGGAUAAACUGAGCUAACUGGUACCGUGGCCCAAGACCUCGGGCACACACAAUCUCUCAUCAGAUAGAAUUAUUCCAGGGCCUCAUAGCUCAUCUCCCCAGAGCUGGUCAAGAGUGAGUCUGAAGAGAGGCUUUCUUGACAUUGGUGCAGGGUUUGAACAGCCCAGGCCUCCUAAGUUAACCCUUUCCUGCACGGCAGGUUAGCUGUUCAGGGAAUUAGCUUCUGACCUGUCUGCCGAGUCACUCUUUUUGUAUCUUAGAUGGCCAUUCCAAAUACCUGGACUCUCUUUUCCCUUGUCAGUGAGUGAUUGGAAAGUUGGAUUGGACUUAAGGACAUAUCUGUGCUUUGCAACUAGCCAGGACCAAAGUGUAAUCAUUACAGUGUUUCUGCCACCUCUGUGCAAAAGACAAUUAUACAUGUGUGACAGAUGGGCUCUGCUUUGUCUCUGUCACAGAGACCACAGACAAAGUUAUACACAAUAGCAUGUGUAUAGCUGAAAUCGACCUAAUUCCUCGAGACAGGCCAUUUGUGUGUGCACCCUCGUCAAAAACUGGGUCUGUUACGUAUUGCUGCAGUCAGGACCAUUGCAAUAAAAUAGAGCUCCCAACUGCUGGCUCUUUUUCAGUCAAGCCGCCAUCUGGUCUCGGUCCCGUUGAACUGGCAGCUGUUAUUGCUGGACCAGUCUGCUUCGUCUGCAUCUCACUCAUGUUGAUGGUCUACAUCUGCCAUAAUCGCACUGGCUUUCACCAUCGGGUGCCAAAUGAAGAGGAUCCUUCAUUAGAUCGCCCUUUCAUUUCAGAGGGUACCACGUUAAAAGAUCUAAUUUAUGAUAUGACAACAUCAGGUUCUGGAUCAGGUUUGCCAUUGCUUGUUCAGAGAACGAUUGCAAGAACGAUUGUGUUACAAGAAAGCAUUGGCAAAGGUCGAUUUGGAGAAGUUUGGCGGGGAAAGUGGAGGGGAGAAGAAGUUGCUGUCAAAAUAUUCUCCUCUAGAGAAGAACGUUCAUGGUUCCGUGAGGCAGAGAUUUAUCAAACUGUAAUGUUACGUCAUGAAAACAUCCUUGGUUUCAUAGCAGCAGACAAUAAAGACAAUGGUACGUGGACUCAGCUCUGGUUGGUGUCGGAUUAUCACGAGCAUGGGUCUCUCUUUGAUUACUUGAACAGAUACACAGUCACCGUGGAAGGAAUGAUAAAGCUUGCUCUGUCCACGGCAAGUGGACUCGCCCAUCUCCACAUGGAGAUUGUUGGUACCCAAGGAAAACCAGCCAUUGCUCAUAGAGAUUUGAAAUCAAAGAAUAUUUUGGUAAAGAAGAAUGGAACUUGCUGUAUUGCAGACUUAGGACUGGCAGUAAGACACGAUUCGGCCACAGAUACCAUUGACAUUGCUCCAAACCACAGGGUGGGAACCAAAAGGUACAUGGCCCCUGAAGUUCUAGAUGAUUCCAUAAAUAUGAAACACUUUGAAUCCUUCAAGCGUGCUGACAUCUAUGCAAUGGGCUUAGUAUUCUGGGAAAUAGCUCGACGAUGUUCCAUUGGUGGAAUUCAUGAAGAUUACCAGCUGCCUUAUUACGAUCUUGUACCCUCUGAUCCAUCAGUUGAAGAAAUGAGGAAAGUUGUUUGUGAACAGAAGUUAAGGCCAAAUAUUCCAAACAGAUGGCAGAGCUGUGAAGCCUUGAGAGUGAUGGCUAAGAUUAUGAGAGAAUGUUGGUAUGCCAAUGGAGCAGCUAGGCUCACAGCUUUGCGGAUUAAGAAAACGUUAUCACAGCUCAGCCAACAGGAAGGCAUCAAAAUGUAAUUCUGUGGCUCUGCCUGAACUCUAUGUUUUCUUCACAUCUGCUCCUGGGUCUUCAUUUGGGAGGUCAAUUGUUCUACCUCACUGAGAGAGAACAGAAGGAGAUUGCUUCCUUUUGCAGCAGUGUAAAAAGGUCAAUUACGAACUUCCCAGGCUUUUUUGGACCCAGGGAACAGCCAUGUGGGUCCUUUCUGUGCACUAUGAACGCUUCUUUCCCAGGACAGUUACAAAAUGUUGCGUAGUCUACCUUUAUUUUGUAUUAACACGUAACUUGUUUUUUUAAAAGAUGAUCGCUGGUGUCAGCUUUAGGUAACUCUGCUGUGCUGGAGAUCGUCUUUCAUGGUAAAGGAGCUAGAUUGCUGGGUUGUAUGAAACAUUUCUUAUUUUUAAAGAAAGUGAUUUACUCCUGGUUAGUACAUUCUCAGAGGAUUCGGAACCACUAAAGAGUUUCCUUGAUUCAGACUUUGAAUGUACUGUUCUAUAAUUAUCAGGAUCUUAAAGCUAACAGUUAUAAAACUCUUAUCUUGAGUCUAAAAUGACCUCAUAUAGUAGUGAGGAACAUAAUUUAUGCAAUUGUAUUUUGUAUACUAUUAUUGUUCUUUCACAUCUUCAGAACAUUACAUGCCUUCAAAAUGGGAUUGUACUAUACCAGUAAGUGCCACUUCCAUGUCUUUCUAAUGGAAAUUAGUAGAACUGCUUAAGGUCUGUAUGUUUUAAAACCUAUAGUGUUUGAAUUCAAAAAGUUUGUUUAUCUGGGUAACCCCUACUUUUUCUGUUUUGUUCUUUGGAAGGGUUUUUGUGGCGUGUCAUUCGGAAUUUCAUUUUUUAAAUGCCUUUCUCCUACCAAAAUAUGCUUAAACCACUAAAGAAAAGAAGUGGCAUUAAUCAGUAAAUUUAUCAAGGUCAUGUUUGAAGACAUCAAGCUUUUGCAUUUUAACCCUAUUGCCUAAGUAUACUUUUAAAAAAAAAUCAAAUGGCACUCUCUAGAUGCUUAAAGUACUUUAAUAAUUUAAGAUUUGUAGCAUACAGACUAAAUUUUCUAAAAGGGAAAGUUUGUCUUGCUGCUUGUGAAAAGUUGUAUGGCUGUCUGUAAGCCAUUUUUUCUUUAUCUGAUCAGAGACAGUGUUAUUUUUUUAAGAAAUGAAUUACAUUUAAAAUUAGAAUAUGGUAAAUGUUAAAUAAUAGGUCUUUUUCUAGGAAGGUGAAAGUAGUUAAUAAUUUGAAUAGAUAACAGGUGUGCCAGAGAGUCACAUUUGUUAUAUAGAAGUAAAUGUUCUGUGGAUUCUCGGUCUUUGUAAAACUAAGAUUAGAGUUGGGGUGGUUUUGAGGUCUCACUACACUUUGAGGAAGGCAGCUUUUAAUUCAGUCUUUCAUUCUUAUGUUAGCAGAAAUCUUGAAACUGUUUAAUUAACACGGUCAUGUAAUGAAUUCAGUGCCCCCUUGAUUGUUGAGAGAUGUGGUAGCUAAAGGAUACUCUGAGUAUAGGUUCUCCAUUUACAGAUGUUUUCAGGCAAAUUAAAUAGUUAAGGCAAACUUCUCACAGUCUCCUCACAUUAAGUUGAAACUAGCUUAUGAUAAUUGGGUUUUACUUCUUUUUAUUUUUUUGCUUUCUACAGUGCUGUAAAGUCUUUGCAGGAGUUUUAGAGUUUUCAUCGUCCUUUUUAUCACUGUGAUCUCGUUCUGGGGGAAAAGAACUAUCUUAGCUGUGAGACAGGACUUUGACUUUGUAAUGCCCUCUAUUACCUAAUAAAAGUGUCAGAAUAACCUAGGGUUUUGGUCAGUAAGAGAGAGUGGCCAUUUACACCAACUCAGCUGUAUUCUGAUAAUGUCUUAUCUCUUAUACAUAGAAUCAAUUUGAAAGACUAUUUGGUCUUAAAACCAAAGUUAUCUUAGAAUGAAUGACAUAUUACAUAGGAAUUUAGUGUCAGUUUCAUGUGUUUAAAAACAUCAUGGGGAAAAUGUGCUUAGAAAUUUAUAUUUUGAUUACAACUCUGAGUUUUUGCGGUAGUUACCAUGAUUUCAUUGAAGCAAAUGAAUGAAUUUGAAAGGUUCAUUUUUAUAGUUGUGUUACAUGACUUGUUUAAUAAUCUUUAGCUUUGUGAUCAGGUACUUUGUUUGUUUGUUUUCUUUUGCCAUUUCUAAGAGCCUACCAGAUCUGCUUUAUGAAAUCCAGGGGACCAAUGCAUUUUAUCACUAAAACUAUUUUUUUAUAAUUUUAAGAGCAUACCAAAAGUUCUUGUCUCAUUUAAAAUUGUGAUACAUAAUUUCUCACUUUCAUAUAAGGCAACUGACUUUUGCUGAAGAAACUCUUUAUUAAAUCAAAGAUUGAGUUACAGUUAUGCUAUUCUUGCCUAAGUGGAUAAAAUUUACUUUUGAUGAAUUGGGGAUUUUGUAAAAAUUGAUACUUAGUUCUAAAUUGGACUUGCGUAUUUCCACAGCGAAUUCCCAUUUUUGGCUGGUGACGGUUUGAUGACCUCUAGUUGGUUAAUUUGAAACUGAAAGUUAUUUCCAGGACUGGGUGGAUCAUCGUUACUGGGACCAUGACUCUGUAAAUAUGACCAGAGCAUUAAUUGUGUCAUCUAGAAACAAGCCUUUGUUUCUCCUGCCUCUCCUAAGACUCGUACACGUAUCCUCUAAGAUUCAACUUGGUGAAACAUAUCUUCUGGCACAUGGGCAUUUUGUCAGUAUCCCAGGGUAUUGGGGGUGGAGGAGGUGGGCCUUGGUGGGGCACAGACACCCCUGGUCCUUCCUUCACGUUGCAGCUGUCUUUCUCCCACCUGCUCUCCUGCUGAGCCCUGACUCAGAGAUCAUCACUUUGCCGCCCCCCUCCCCCAGGCCCCCGCAGCCUUUUGACGGAAGAGCUGCUUUUGAGACCUAGAAUAGAGUGGUUGAAGGAAGUUAUGGGACACACUUCCAUUUCCUCGAGCUAUUGGAUGCUGGUAGGACGAGGUCUCCACGUUUGGAGAUGAAGUGGAGAGGCAUGGUGUGCCCCCAAGGCUUCCCCUGCUUUGACUCUAGCUGUGGACAAGGAGUGGGGUGGCCCUGAGGUGGCAGCUCUGGUAUGGCAGUUGGGCCAGAAGCCAGAGCCAGCUGUAUCCCCUGUAGGGCAGGGUAGGCCUGAGGAGCUGAGCCCCUGCUGCUUCUGUCGUGCUCAUGCUCAAGAAGUGCCUCGAGGCUGUGUAUGGUGUCGUGACCACCAAGAACUUCAGAGUUCAGUCCCUGCUCAGAAAUUUAAGUGGGUCACUUGGCCAUUUUGCAGCCCACACAUGAGUUAAUCCUUUUCCCCCUACAUCUGUGAGCUGUUGACUAUUUUAAAAUAAGGUGGCAAGGUGCUAAUAAAAAUGCACAAGAAAGUCUGUCUCCCAUUAGACCUGUCCUCUCAUCCUUUCACUGAAAGAGUGAUUGUCAUUCAGCUGUUCUUUUAUUUCUUGACCAUGGCAGUGUUCUGGCUCCAAACGGUGAGGAUUCCAAAUAAUGGCUCUGUUACAGCUUGGUGGAAAAUGCCAGUGCAGAUAUUUUGCUGUUCUAAAGAACAGCUCGGGACAUGUACUGGAGCUUCCUGUGUCUGUUUUGGAAGGUUGCAAUACCCAUGGCCCUCUCUCUGGGAAUGCUGCGCUUUCAGGACAUUCGGAGGGUUGUCAGUACAUUUAAUCUUUUCAACCCCAUUAUGCAAUCUUAUUUGUAAUGGUAAACUUUUCAAAAUGUGGUUAAGAACAUUCAGCUUGUUUCUUAAAGCUUAAAAAGAACUUCAGUGCACUUGUUUUGUUUUUUAGCAAGAUUUGUGAAUUGAAUAUCACAAACCGUGUUUUGAUACCCUUUUCACAUUGUGCCAAUGGAAUGGUUGCAGAGGUGUUUUGAUAUUUCUUUAUAUGUCAAGGAGAUGCUUCAAAAUGUCAAUUGCUUUAAACUUAAAUUACCUCUCAAGAGACCAAGGUACAUUUACCUCAUUGUGUAUAUAAUGUUUAAUAUUUGUCAGAGCAUUCUUCGGGUUUGCAGUUUUAUUUCUAUAAAAUGUGGGUGUUAUGUUGCUAAAUUACUCAAAUGGUACUGUAUUGUUUAUAUUUGUACCCCAAAUGAUGUCAUCUGUACCUUCUGUUUUCUGUAUUUUAUUGUAUUUGUGCAGAAUUCUUUUGGCUUUAUCCAUGUAAUAUCUGCCUUUCGGAUAUGUACAGCGAAUGUCCAUAUAAAUUUUAAGUUGAAUGACUUUGAGAAACCUGUAAACAGGAGAGAAAAACAUAAACUGCAUUUUCCCAUAAGUUUUUUAAGAUUAUCGUAUUUGUAGUAAUGCUCUGAAUGAACUGUAAAUAGGAAGUAGAAGAACAAUGCUUAUGCAAAGUCCUAACACUACAGUAGAAAUAUGGAAGCAAUGCAAAUAAAUUACUUCUUUUCUUCGAG